CUCUCAUCGUUGCGGACUACCCUCUCAAAUAAGUGCCAAUGCCCGCCGUGGACGAUUCACGGGCUGAAACGUCCUGCAAUCGCCAUUCGAAGCUUUAGGAGGCUUUGAAGGCCGCCUUCCUCACUUUCAAUCGUCCUCACGGUAGGACGAGGGUGCUGCUGUUUGCCUCCUUAAGCUCUAGCUUCACUUUCCUGCAGACUGACACACCAGCUUGAUACUUUUCAAAGUCAACACAAAUAUGUGAUCAACUUUCUGGGAGGCCUUCCCAGAGAGUCGUCAACUUUGUCAUAAUGGGCGGAGUGGACGUUGCUUCAGUUGUGGCUUCAAUAGUCUCGGCCUUUGGGAGUGGCCUUGAUAUUUUUCAUCGUCUGCGUGGGAAGAAAAGAAAAUCGAACGCGCGACUGCCACGGCCAUCUGAAGAAGAAGAAUGGCUGAAACAGUCAUUGGAGAACAGGCCAAUGGAGAUUAAGAAUGAAUACGAUCAGAGUGUAGCAAAGUUUGGUCACCGAUUCGAGGUCGGAGACGACCUUGCUCACGCCAGCCUCGCACAUACCCUUCUUGUCCUGAACACUGGAUUGAUCAAUCUGAUCAACCAUGCGCUGUCCGGAGACUCGAAAACAAAGGUCGUUUCCGGAAAGACCUUGUACAAUCUUUCAGAGACUGCUGCCACAGACACUCUGAUGGCACUCGGACAGCUCAAUUCACGGCUCAGCCUUGCUCGACAGCUGAGACUGGCAGGUGAAGCUCACCCAAAUUGGAGCGACGAACUCACGGGUCAUCCCAAAGGCCACAAGCCAAGCUCUUCAUCAUCAUCAUCGAGAGCUCUCAGUCGACCCCCGCCUGCACCAUUAUUAGUGCGUGGCGGCUGGGUCAGAAGUAAGAGUGGUUCUUCAGUAGUGUCGGGCGCCGCGGCACGAAAAUUAAAGGAAGAACAAUCUCAGAGGCAUCAUAGAAGCAAGUCGGAUCCGAACGCGCCGAGGACUUCGAAAGUCAAGGCUCGUAAAGAUGGUGAAAGUGAUAGCGACGCUGGAAGUCGUUCCUCCAAGCGCAGAGGCUUUCCGGACGAAAAACCACACCGGCACUCUCAACGUCAGGCAAGUGAUCAGCUGAGACCACAGAGGCAACCUGGCAUGUUGAUAGUACCCUCGGAUCUGUUCGAUCAGUAUCAGACGCUCAACCUAGAGCGGCCUCCUCCUCGUCCCCCGAAAAUUCCACUAGACCCGCAGCCUCGCACCCGACAGCGGCGCAAAGAGGUUCGCCCUGUGUCGACAAUGACAUUUAUGACAGCCAGUACAAAGAUUGGCGAGAUCCCCGAGACUCAUUUGCAAAGCCAGUCACUCCCAGCCGAGGAGUUGGGGUCGAGGAGGGUGGCAUAUCCCGUACCUUCGCCCCUAGAGGACGACCAGCCUAGGAAGAGGAAAGGCUUCAAAUUUUGGAAGAGGGAAGACAAAGGCCGAGAUACCGCUGUCCACUAAGCAGUCGAAAACGAUAAAUGAUAUGGGGUGAACGAGCAAUGGCGUUGGUGGUCAGUGAAAUUUCAAGAUAGUACAGCUGUGACGAAGUGAUGACGACCUUUCGUAAUGAUACUCAUCUAUAAGUUGUCGACGGCAUUCGA